AUGCAACAGGCUUUAGAACAAGCUUUGGAGAGGGCUGAGUAUGUCAUUGAAAGUGCCCAACAGAGACCCCCUAAAAGGAAACACUCAUCUAGUGGGCAAACGUCUCUCUAUGAAAAACUUUAUGACAUUUACGUUGAAGAAUGUGAAAAAGAGCCUGACACUCCGGAGGAAUUACGAAGCAACGUGAACUUGUUAGAGAAGCUUGUUCAGAGAGAGUCGUUGCCGUGUUUGGUGGUCAACCUGUACCCAGGAAAGGAGGGCUAUUCCCUGAUGCUCAAGGGAAAAAAUAUUUCAGAGAACAUUCGGCUGCCUUAUGAGAAAGGGGAACUGCUCGAAUACUUGGAUGCAGAAGAAUUAUCCCCUGUUUUGGUGGAUCUGCUGGGAAAGUCUCAGGUUAACGUUUUUCAUGAUGGGUGUGUCAUAGCUGAAAUCCGGGACUACAGGCAGUCCAGUAACAGGGAACCUCCCGGUUACCAAAGCAGGCAUAUUCUCUUACGUCCUACGAUGCAGACUUUAGCCUGUGAUGUAGAGGCCAUAGCCAGCGAUAACCAGAAAUGGACCCAAGAGGACAAACUUUUGCUUGAGAGCCAGCUGAUCUUAGCCACAGCUGAACCACUGUGUCUAGACCCUUCCAUAUCAGUAGCCUGCACUGCCAACAGAAUGCUCUAUAACAAGCAAAAGCUGAACACUCUCCCCAUGAAAAGGAACUUCAAGAGGUUUUCUUUGGCCUCUCUGAAUCAGGAGCAAGAGCUUUCCCAGUGUCCACCUCCUCAUGAGCUAGGAGUAUUGGCUUCUUGCAAAAAAAUAAGAGAAACUAAAACAGGUGAACAUCAUGACCUCAAAAUUUUUAAAGCAGGGAACUGUGCAGAUAUGUGGAAACAAAUACCCUGUGACUUGGCUGUACCUUCUGAAGUGGAUGUAGAGAAAUACGCUAAAGGGAAGAAUUCUGUCACAUAUGAUGAAUCACAACCAACAGUCUGGCCAACCCAUGAGGUACAAGAUGGUUCUGUAUUUGGAUGUGAAGAUGGCGAUCAGUCUCAGACAACAAUGCUCCCUUUCAUGCAGUCACUUAAUGAUCCACUUAUCUCUGGAAAAAGAAGGUCAUGUAAAAAAGUCAGACAUACAAGACAACUGUCUCACCCCUAUUCCUCCAGAGAUGACCAUUAUAGUUUCAUGCCCAGGCCAAAGACUGAUGUCGGUAAAGUGGUCAGUUGGUCUGAGAAAAUGGUCCAGGACAGCAUCCAAUGUCCAGUCCAGAUGUCAACCAGCUCCAGUGGCUCAGCCAGUCUCAGGCAACCUUCUCCAGGGAAAGAACCAGAACAGCCUAAGACUGGGUAUGUUCAGUCUUCAGUGCUAGGCAAGGGAGCCAAACAUCCACCUCCACCUACAAGACUUCCCUCAAGGUCAGCCAGGAGUUCCUCAGGUGACAGUUUUACUUCACAGCAGGCAAGCAGCUCUCAUGCACCUCCAUCUCCUGCCCCUGCUCCUAAGACACCAAGUCUUUCCAACAAAUCCUCUGUGGAGGUGAAUCCAGCUAGCACGCCUCCUGCCACAGCCACGUCCAAGUCCACUGCAGGUUCACCACAAAGGACACAGGUUUCGGGCAAAUCCUCUGGCCUGAAUGUCACCAAAGUGGCACGCCCUACAUGCAGAGGCCAGGCCUUGAGGAGAGGCUCCAAGCCUGUGCAGGACUCCACCAGGGGGGCCACAGCUCCUGUAAGAAUCCAGUCCAGCCACCAGCCCACAGGAGCUUGGCCGCCAAAUGCACCACCCAUGGCACCACAGGCUCCUUCUCAAGGAGGUGUUCAAUUUAUUUUUAAAAAUGCUUCCAGUGUCCAGCCCUUAGGUCUACUCCAGCUACCACCAGGUUCUCUCAUUUUGAACACCCAGCAGCAGGCCCCACAGCAGCCAUUGCUCUACCAGCUGAUUCCACAGCAACAACUUCAACAACCCACCACUCUGCAUCCUCAACAGCCAGUGCCACAGGCCACUGUACAAGGUCCUGUCACCCAGAGUAUGGCCUUACCUACUCAACAAGCCAUGCUCCUUAACCUCAACAGAGUGGAGAGUUUUCUGCAGCCCCAGGCAGUUACAGUUCGGAAUCUUGCGGUGUCCAGUGGCUGUGACCACAGUAGCAGCCCAAAUGGCUCAGCCACAUCCACCAAGUGA